AUGUGCUUUCAAAUCAAUUUAUUCAAAGAAUUCGAUGAAAAUAUAUCAUCAAGAGAGCUUUUUCAAAACACUAGAAUCCAAAAACACUCAGAAUCCUCUUGCAAGAAUAAACAAGCCAUAAAUAAAAAGGGCAACUCAAAUAAUGAUCACUGCUCAAGAAGUACCCUAGAAGAUAAAACGAAAGAAAAUGAUAAGCUUAUACAAGAAAUAAGUGAUCUCAAGACGAAGCUUGAUGUGACUGCUAAAAUGGCAGAAGAAGCUAAAACUGAAGCUUUAGAAAAAUAUUUUAAUCUGAAAAUUGAAAAAGAUAGCUUAGAGGAAGCCAAUAAACAGAGUAUCCAAGACCUUAAAUCUGAAAAUGAAAAGUUAAGAAAGGAUUAUAACACACUCAAUGAGGCCUAUUUAAUUCUCCUGAAAAAAGAAAAUAAAGAAGUCAAAAGCAUUCCAGCCAGCAAGAAUAUCAUAGAGUGUCAAUCAUGCCACGAAUCCUUUGGAGAAGAGCUUAUGAAAACUCUUGACUGUGGAUGCCCUGCUUGUAUAAACUGUUCAUCUUUAAGCCAAAUUUCAGAAAAAAUAUGCAAAACUUGUCAGACUGCUCAACUCAGUUUAGAUUCUUCUAUUUGAGUCCCAUCUGAUCCAAAGCCAGCUGUCCAGUCAUCCAAAAUUUUUGAUUUUGAGGACAAUGAAGAAGAAAAAAAUCCAAAUGAAAAUGAAGCCAAUUUCGAUCAAUGGGUCGACUAUCGCAGAGGGGCCUUAGAAAGGGCGGAAAUUAUCCAUCACAAUAUUUCUGAAAAUGAUAGCCAGUCAAGAAUCCUUUUCCAAGAAUCAGAAGAGUUGCAAGAGCCUGAUGAGCUCUCGACAUUCCGGUAUAACAAAGAAUGAAAUGAGCUUCCUAUACCAGCCCGCGUCUUGAGAGCUAUUGAAAGAGUAGGAUAUUCUUUCCCAUCAAAAAUUCAAAACUAUGGCAUUGAUUUAAUAUUAAAAGAAGGCCAUGAUAGCUUAAUAGCCCAAGCACCUACAGGAUCAGGAAAAACUGCUACCUUUGUAAUUGGUUCUCUAUGCAGAAUUGAUACAUCAAAUCCUAACACUCAGGCUGUAUGUAUAUGCCAUACAUAUGAAAUGACGAAACAAAAUUAUGAGGAAUAUCAGAGAUUUGCAAAAUAUUGCGGAGUUUCUGUGGGACUAAUUAUUAGGAACCAUGAAAAAGACAGAGGACAAGUUUUAGUCUGCACGUCUGGGACUUUCUUUAAGUCUUUAAAGUCAAAGUAUAUAAGUAUAAAAGAUUUGAAAGUUGUUGUUAUGGAUGAAGCUGAUUUUUUGUGGGAUAAAAAGGAUAAUUUAGAUGUUUAUCAGAAAAUUAAAAUUUUCCUUACAAAAUCUUUAGGGAAAAAUAUGCAGGCAUUGCUGUUUUCGGCUACUUUUCCUGAAGAUACUAAAGAUAAUAUGAAAAAAUUACUUGGGAAUGUAAAUGAGAUUUCUGUCAAAAAAAUGAAUUUGAUUUCCCCUACAAUUGAUCACUAUUAUAUAGGCCAUACCCUUAUAUAGAUUUAAUAUAUCGAACAAAAUGUAAUGGAUAGUUGAACGAUAAAGAGAGACUCUUUAAAAGAGAUGAGCCGAAUCUCUAUACCAGGAAAUGCCAAAAAGUGACAUGUCAAAAAAUGGUGAAAAGUGUGAAAAAAAGUUGACAAGCAAAAGUGCCAGUUUUUAAAAUGGCUAUAUUAUUAAAUUAAUUUCAAAUUUAAGAUACCCAAUUAGUCUGGGAUUGACUAAUAACUUACUUAGAUUUUAAAUACUCUUUAGCAAAUUUAAAUGAAUUUGAAACUUAAAAACUUAUCGAUCAAGCUGCUUUUUACGGAAGGAUAGAAUUUUAAAUAAAUCAUGCUAAUUUAAUCGUGAUCACAUGCUCUAUAAAGCCAAAGUUUGUAUUGAGCGCUUGCUGUUCUUUACAAAGUUCUUAAUGGCUCAUAUGAUGAUUGUUAGCAAAUUUAAAUAGAAAAACUUUUCAUUAAAGUUGCUUUUUGCAGAACGAUAGAAAUUUAAAUAAACAAUCCAAUUUGUUUAUGAUCGAUUGCUAUGUAAAAAGCCAAAGCUUGUAUUGAACGCUUGUCGUUCUUUAAUGGCUCAUGCUCGUUAACAAAUUUAAAAUUUAAUGAAUUAUGGAUCGAGUAGCUUUUUUACGGCAGUAGAAAUUUUUAAAUAAUAAAUAAUAAUUUAUAUUUAGUAUCAUCAGUCUAAAAGGGUAUCUUAAAUUUAAAAUUAAUUUAAUAAUAAAGCUAUUUUUAAAAAUUGGUGCGUUUACCUGCCAACUUUUUUUCGCACUUGUCACCAUUUUUUAGCAUGCCACUUCUAACACUUCCUGAUAUAGAGAUAGAGCUCUUCUCUUUUGAGAGAGUCUGUCUUGCUCGCUCAACAGUCCAUUGCAUUUUGCUCGAUAAAGAAAUCUCUAUAGGGGUACGAGUUAUAUCGUUUCUCGAGAAUCUGACAAGCUAAGAACACUUGUUAAAUUCUUAAAGAAAGCCCAAAACGGAGUCACAAUUGUGUUUGUAAAUUCUCGUGACCGCGCCCAAACAGUCUUUAAUUCUCUUUCAGAUAUGGACUGAUCAGUUGCCUUACUUAUAGGAAAAAGCAUGACGACAUCAAGAAGAGAGUCUACAAUGAGUAAUUUUAAAGCUGGAAGAUAUUCAAUCAUUGUUACAACAAAUUUGCUUGCGAGAGGCAUUGACAAUAUUAAAGUGAAAUGCGUUGUCAAUCUUGAUCUGCCAAGAUUUUUACUCCUCCAUUAGAGGAGGGGGUUAAUUUUUAUUUUUUAAAAACAUUUAUAUAUAAAUUUUAUAAGAAAAUUUUUUUUCAAAAUUUAAAAAAAUUCCGAUUUGUAAAAAUCGAAAGCAAAAAUUAAUUUAAUUUGCGAAAUUUAUAUUUUUAAAACGCAAGAUAUUUAAAAUUAAUCAGAAUCAGCUAGAGAUUUUAUUAAAAUUAUCAUCUAUAUAUCAAAUUUUUUUUUUAUAUAAUAUUAAAAAAAUUUUUGUUUGCUUGCAGAGGGGGGGGUUUUGGACAAAAAUAGGGAUUUUUCUAAUGGUUUUGCUAACUCAUGGAGGGGGGAGUUACGUACCAGAAAGUUUGACGAAGAAUGCUAUAUUCAUCGAGUCGGAAGAUGCUCAAGAUUUGGAAGACAUGGGAUAGCAAUAAAUAUUAUCAGCGACAAUGGAGAUUUAUCAGCCUUGAAGAGACUUGAAGAAGCAUACCAUAUAGAAAUCAAAGAAAUAAAAUUAGCUGAAUUAGGUGAUAUACUAAACGAGGAGAGAGAGCAAGAUGUGACAGAUUUAUUAUAG